AUGUAUCUUAAGGUAAUUAUUGUGUCCUUUGUGGUACUGCUCCUCGGGGCACUCAUAGGAUUUCUGGCGUUUCCCUUGCUGUUCAAGGAGCUAGUUAAGCGGAGUGUCAAUCUAAAGCCUGGCAGUGAAACGCGUCAGCUAUGGGAGAAAAUGCCAUUUCCCCUAACAUUCAAGAUCUACGUAUUCAACGUGACCAAUGCGCAAGAUAUUGAAAUGGGCGGCAAGCCGAAGCUACAGGAAGUGGGUCCAUUUGUAUACGACGAGUGGAAGGACAAGUAUGAACUAAUGGAUAUAGAAGCGGAGAAUGCGAUUAGCUUCAAUAUGCGCAACACAUUUCAAACGCGCGCCGAUCUGGGUCUCAGCGGCGAGGAGCUCAUAACUAUGCCGCAUCCACUGCUGCAGGUGAGCCAGAAACAGAAGCUUUUCUUGACAAGAUCUACAAGAGCCGAGACACAGGCAGCUGUGGCCCUGGGCCUGGACAUCAUUUUCAAGCCGCAGAGCGCUUUUAUUACAGCCAAGUUCAAGGAUCUCUUCUACGAUGGCAUCGAUGUCAACUGCGACCAGAAGCAUGCGGCUGCACAGGCCAUUUGCCAGCAGUUCCAAGCGGGCGCAGUGCCUGGCGCGCUGCCAGUGAAUGCCACCCACUACAAGUUCUCCCUGAUGGGCGCGGCAAGUCAACUGGAUAUGCCCAGUGGCAAUCACACAAAUGCCGGUCACUUUAAGGUCUCACGCAGCAGAUCGCGGCAGUCGUCCGUGGGGCGUGUGCUCGCCUUCAAUGAGGCGAAGCAGCUGCACAUCUGGCCGGAGCUGAACAACACCAGCUGCAAUCGCUUGCGCGGCACAGAUGGCACCAUCUUUGCGCCUCUUAUGCGACCGGAGCAGGGUCUCUGGAGCUUCUCGCCGCAACUGUGCCGCUCCCUGACGCCCAAGUGGAUGGGCAGGACAAAGUACAACAAGCUGCCAGCUCAACGCUAUGAGCUUAACUUUGGCUCGGCACGCUUUUUCCAGACGGAGCCGGAUUUGCACUGCUACUGCACGGACUAUCCCGACGAUUGUCCGGCUGAUGGCACCAUGGAUCUGGUACGCUGCAGCGGCACACCUUUAAUGGCCUCCUUGCCGCACUUUUAUCAUGCGGACCAAAAGUUAUUGGCUGAAGUUGAAGGACUGCAGCCCACAGCUGUGAAACAUGCCAGCAUAUUGAUCUUCGAGCAGUUUUCCGGCACAGUGCUCGCCGUGCAUAAUCGCCUGCAGUUCAGUUUGAAAGUGGCGCCCGUGAAGGAUGUGCCAUUGAUGUCGCAGCUGCGUCCUUUGGCCAUGCCGCUCUUUUGGAUCGAGGAGUCGCUGCAGCUGGACGAAAAAAUUACUCAGCUGCUGCACAAAAAGAUAUUUGCCGUAUUAAAUGCCAAUAAUUGGUUUAGAUGGCUGUCCAUUGGAUUGGGAAGCUUCGGUUGUAUACUCGGAGCUCUGUUUUUGCAUUUAACUCGCAGCGAUGCGAAGCGCGUGGGCGUCGUCGAAGCGGAAUGAAUAUCAAUACAAUUCUAU